CAAACCACCAUGUUCUCCCCAUCGUCGGGUAUGAGCACACCAUCAAAACAACAACCCACCCCGCAAUCAUAUUCGCCGUCCAAGGCUGCACCCACGCCGAGCCCAAUCCCCCCUCUCUCUUCUACAUCGCUGCUCAAAAAGCAUAUCGCCGCCGGCGCCGUUGAUCCCCGACAAGCGGCGAUCGAGCAAGCCCAGGCCGAACGGAGCAGUCUCCAUACGAAGAACGAGCAGCUGUGGAAGCUGAUCGAACGACAAAAAGCGGGGUACAACCAGCUUGUAGAGGAGCUGGAGCGGGCGAGGAAAGAAAGAGAUGCUUACAAGGCCAAACUCAAAGCCGUCGCAACGGGGUCAGAUUUAGAGAGCAACCAUCUCGCUCCAUCUCCAUCCAAAGUCGCGACCUGA